GCCGCGGCCCGGCGGCACAGCAUGGCGGAGGAGAGCGGCGUCUGCAGCUUUGUGUUCAAGAAGCGGGUCCGGGCCGCGGGCAGCGGCCGGCGGAAACGGCCCGGCAGCGACCAGGAGCGGGAGAGCAGCGGGGAGGAGGGCAGCACCGUGGUGCGCAAGGAGCGGCGGCGGGACACCCCCAACCCCAUGAUCCAGAAGACCAGGCGCUGCACGAGGGAGAGGCCGGAGUACGCGCCGAGCAGCAGCGAGGAUGAGGAUCCUGCCAAAGAGAUCGGGGUCACCUACAAAUCCACCAGGUCGGCGAAACCUGUUGGCCCAGAAGACAUGGGAGCCACAGCAGUGUACGAACUGGACACAGAGAAGGAGAAGGAUGCCCAGGCCAUCUUUGAGCGCAGCCAGAAGAUCCAGGAGGAGCUGAGAGGAAAGGAAGACGAUAAAAUUUACCGUGGCAUUAACAACUACCAGAAGUAUGUGAAGCCCAAGGACACAUCGAUGGGAAAUGCCUCCUCAGGAAUGGUGAGGAAAGGCCCCAUCCGAGCUCCGGAGCACCUGCGGGCCACGGUGCGCUGGGACUACCAGCCCGACAUCUGCAAGGACUACAAGGAGACCGGGUUCUGCGGCUUCGGGGACAGUUGCAAGUUCCUGCAUGACCGCUCAGACUACAAGCACGGCUGGCAGAUCGAACGGGAGCUGGACGAGGGCCGCUACGGCGUCAACGACGACGAAAACUACGAGGUGAGCAGUGAUGAGGAGGACAUGCCUUUCAAGUGUUUUAUCUGCAGAGGUUCCUUCAAGAACCCUGUGGUCACCAAGUGUCGGCAUUACUUCUGUGAGAGCUGUGCCCUGCAGCACUAUCGCAAAUCCCAGCGCUGCUACGUCUGUGACAAGCAGACCAAUGGGGUCUUCAACCCCGCAAAAGAGCUCUUGGCAAAACUCGAAAAACACAAAGGGGAGGAAGAAGAGGAGCAACGGUCAGACCAAGAAGAGCAUCCACAGUAGCAGAACACAUUUUGUAUAUAACUGAAUAAAGCUUUUGUAGGAGAAAAAAAAAGCUACCAGCUGUAGCCAGGGGUUCUGUAUCCAACCAGCAGCUACUGAACCACGCCCAGCUGUGCUGGACUCUGUCUGUGCUGCCCUGUGGGGGCACAAGGCAGGACAGGCAAGACUCAAGGUCUGAGUGAGCCAUCUGCUACCCCCAGAACCCCUGAGUGCAGCCGGGGAAGGAGGGUGAAGGUUCAGUUACUCUGUAAUUGCUGCUUCUGACCAUGGUGCUACCGUUUCGCUCCUAACUGUGCAUGGAUCCUGCUGCUGUGCCAGCAGGGAACAAAGUUUAUUUAAGCCCCCAGUCUUUGUUUGGAGCAGACUGGAGGCAUGGGCAAGGAUGAGAAAUACAAGCUUGCAUUAAAUUCUUCCUUUACCCUAAAAAUGCUAAUUCAUGGCAAAGCAGGCUGGAGCACUGCAGUUACUGGGCAUUUAUUCCCUCCUGUUUGGUUCCUAGAACUCAAGACAGGGACAGAACUUCAGUGAGCUGCAUGCUAAGAGAUUAAAUCAGGAGCCAACCCUGAGCAUAGGGAGGAAGUGGAACUGGGCCUGGCCUUAACAAACACUCCUGCAACUGGGAGAAUUUUACUGAAACUUCAGAAAAGAGCAAGUGCAGGUGUUUGCAGCUUGUUGCUUUAGUUGAAGUAUGUUUCUGAAGCAUGAAGGUAGCUGCCAUAAACUGAUGAGCUGUACAAAACUAAAGUAAAAGCAGGCAUGCACAGCUGGCCUGUCACCCUCUGUGAUUCACUCCAUCAUCCUGCACAAAUAGCAGACUUAAAAAACAACUUCAGAAAUAUUUUAUUUGUUUUGGAAAAAAACUAGAGUAACAAACUAUCUGGGUUCAAGUACGGUUUAUAAACACAAGAAGGACCUGUUGCCAGCACCACUAUUCCCAUCAACUGCACCUAUACAAGGAUUCUCAGUGCUUCAGUAAAGAGCAGAUGACCUUCAGCACCAUGGUCCUUGGAAAACAAGUCAAACUAAAAGCCUUAAAUACACCUCCAAAUAAACCAAACACCACGGAAUGGGGGAGAGCUGCCACAGCAGCAGGGCAGAGCCACACAGCCAUGAAUCACACGGAGCCACGUGAGCAGCUUCUACCUGUCAGUGAGGGAAGGCAGAACAGCAAUGGUAACAGAAAGGUUAAAGUUCAGUUCUGUACAGGAGUUGUGAGCAAGAGGAUCAGCAUGAAAAUCAAUUUACUUUUCCACUGUGCCAGGAAAUAAAGUCACUGAGAACAGGCAGGUUAAGAGUGUUUCAUGCUGUGAAACCAGCCCAGCUAACGUGAAGUUCAAGUGGAAGGGGAUAAAAAAGCUGGUACAUUGUGCAGGCAUUCACACUGCUCUGGCGACCCAGGAAGCUGGAAGGGGAGGCUGGAAGACCCUGUCUGACCUGGAGUUCAGAGUGCUCAGCAUUGAGUGAGAAGUCUUCAAAAGCCCUCUCUGGACUGGAAAAAUCCAGUGCUGCAGAGGAAUGCCCAGUGCAGCAGGAGUGCCUGGAAUGGCAUCAACUUGUCUUUGAUCUCAUGUUUUUCAUCACAAAGCAGUAACUAAGAAUAUAAUCCCUUUUUUUCCAACCCCUUAAAACUUGCCCUGUGACAAUACUGUUACAGGAACUUAACCAGUUCUAAGAGAAUGCCCAAAACUAAGAGCUGCCCACCUCCCCUCAACUCUAAGGCACCCUUAAAAGAGAAAGAACCAAAGAGGGCAGGGACAUGCAGCCUCAACUGUGAAGAAGCCAGUGAUUUUUAGAAACAUAAAUAGAGACCACAACUACACAGACCCACUCAGCACCCUCGAGUGCUCUACCAGAGUUCAGCUGGAAGAAUGGGGGCUCCAGGCACUGCACCUUCUGGAAUACUCCACAGCUCCUUGGGUUGAUCCUUUUCCAGCUCAGGUCUGUCCAUUUGUAUCCAGGUUACUUCUUAAAUAAACAGUCAGUUGAAGUUCCUUCCCAA